AUGUCAAUCAAUGCUCAUUAUUAUUGGGAUUACUUGAUAAGCUGGGAUCCAUGUGGCGGUUGUUUGCAUGGAGGAACCUGUAUAGAGUUUGCACGUAAAUGUCUCUGCAUUCCCAGUUACUAUGGUGACCUGUGCGAUAAAAGAAAUCCCUGUCCUUCAUACCCAAUUGGUUCUCCGGAUCCAAACAACGAAUGUGGCGGUUGUAAGAAUGGUGGGGUGUGUUUUGAGACCAUUGGUAUGUGUAUUUGCCACGAAAGCUUCUUCGGCGAACACUGCGAAGGAUCCUAUGUAACCUCAGCAGUCAAGACGGUAAAGCACGAGGGUUGCAAGCGAUACUGUGAAACAGAUGAACAAUGUCUGAAUGGAGGGCGUUGCCAGGAGACGGCCAAAUGUCAAUGUAACGAGGGAUACUUUGGCAAGAACUGCGAGUUAAGAGAAGAAUGGUGGAAAGAUUCUGAAGAACCGCCCGAUACGGACACGGUGGGCGUCAUAUUGGCUUCUGUGCCCGCUGUCCUGAUCACGACUGUCAUACUGCCCGCCGCAGCUUGCUUCUACUGCGUCGUUCUUCGAAGAAGCACGAACAGCGGUUCGGUUAUCAACGAAGACAUUACGGAAAAUUCCGAAGAUGACAUAAUCAAUGUCGAUGCAGCAAAUUUCUCAAGACAUUCCUUCACCGAAUUUGAUGAAGGGGAGAUAAACGAAAGUACCCGAAUAGCCGAAGGAAUGCCACCUAUGUACGGCAGCCAAUCAGACGGGAAUGCAACGGAGUCGCAUCUACGUAUUGGCGAUGAUGUUACACAUACGAUUCAACGUGUCAAUAUGAUGGCAUCGCCGCCCUCUUACGAUAGGGUGAACGUUUCACCUCCCGAAUACGGCGGUGAAACGGAUUUACCUCCUCCUUACCAGAGCCGAAUAAACACACCCUCGUCGGAUAUCACUCCGCCGCCGCCAUACGAAGAGUGAAUUACGGCUGACAAGAUCAGUAAUUGAUCAGACUGUGUGCUGAAUUUAGUCAUGCGCAUUACAGCCCGUGAUACGC